ACUUCAAAACAUCAAGAAGAAGAAACAGUAGAGCGAUUCGCUCCUUUGGUUGAAUGGUCUUUGCUUUGGGAAGAUUACCGGUAAAUGUCAUUGCAUCUCUAAUUACAAACUUUCUCCGCUCACAAACACUAAAAAGAAUAUCAUCUUUUGGCCCAGAACUGUGUGGAGCUGAUCCGGUUGAUGUGAUGUGCAGUCCCGGAUCCGAGGGGCCCGGAGAGGAUCCCUCUGUGGAGUAUGUCUACUGUAGAGGUGUAAUCACUGAGCUGCUCAAGUAUGGACCAACAGACCUGCAUGCUGUCAGCAAAGGGCCAAACCCUCCUAAAAUGCUCAUCCUUGUCAUUCCAGGUAACCCAGGUGUGGUGGGCUUCUACAAGACAUACAUGUGGACAUUGUAUCAGACGUUCCUCCAGAGAUAUCCAGUUUGGGCUGUGAGCCAUGCUGGACACUGUAUGCCUCCGGAAACCUUUGAUAUGAUUGAAGAUGCUUCUGUGACAGAGAAGGAUGUUUUUGGGCUAGAUGGGCAGAUUGAACACAAGCUGGCCUUCCUUCGAAAGCAUGUGCCUCGGGGCACCAACCUGCUGCUGAUUGGCCACUCCAUCGGUUGCUACAUCAUCUUGGAGAUGAUAAAGAGAGACCCAGAUCUCAAGGUUGUGAAGGCAGUGAUGCUCUUCCCCACUAUUGAGCGCAUGGCCUGUAGCCCUCAAGGAAAGGUCAUGACCCCUGUGCUCUGUCGACUGCGGUACGCCUUCUAUUUGCCCAUCUUCCUGCUCUCCCUCCUUCCAGAGAGGCUGAAGAUCAGCAUGGUGCAUCUAGCCCUGAGGAAUUUAUACACACUGGACACCUCCAUCAUCCCAUCCACCGUCAGCCUGAUCAAUGUAGACUGUGCUGCCAAUGGUAUGUACAUGGGAAGCCAAGAAAUGAGACUGGUUGUAGAAAGAGACAACGCAACUAUUCGUCAACACCUCAGCAAGGUUUGUCUUUUCUGGCUUUUUCAGAUUAUUUUUUACUAUGGAGCUACGGACCACUGGUGCCCUGUGCAGUAUUACCAUGAUAUCAGAAAGGACUUCCCUGAAGGGGACAUUCGUCUGUGCGAGAGGGGCAUCCGGCAUGCAUUCGUCCUGGAUUCAGGGGAGGAAAUGGCUAACAUGACGGCUGAGUGGAUCUUAGAUGAUUUGAAGACGCUCUGACGGCCAGAAUAACAUUUAUUCAACUUUAAUGUCUAUCAGACAAAUAUUCUAACUGAGCCCCCUGUGUGAGUAAAAAA